AUGGAACCCCAUGAUCGCAGAACGAUUAGAAGCUUCCGGACAUAUCAGGACGUGCGUGAGGACUUCAUCGUCGCACAAGAUGAAGAGCCACCAGAGGCUGCCCUCCAGGAACUGGCUAUGCUAGAACCACGACUCGGCGACAUGAACAAUUUCAGCGACUUCUUCGCCGCCCAACUCUGUGCGAUGCUAGAUCCAAGCAUGUUUUGGGGCUUGCUCAGCUUGCUGAUCUCGCUAGUCGUGCAACAUGCUGUGCGCGAUAUCGAGGAUACGCUGGUCCGCAUGGAUAGGUCGCAGCCAUAUACCAGAGGCAGUAUCAGGACAACCCGAUUCUUUAAUCGAGAUGAGGUGAUUGAGAAGAUCGAGCAACACCUCGGCAACCGAGAAUCUACCUCUUCGCUACGCGCGCUGGCUCUCUACGAGUGCAGAUGGCUGAUUAUCUACUACAAUGUGAAAGCCGCCGAACUUCUUCGAAACUACUGGCCGUUGUCUGGCAGUAAAGGCCAAGUCCUCAUCACCACGAGGAAUCACUCCCUCAGUUUUGACCCUGCAGACAUUGGCAUCGAGAUCCUCCCGUGGGACACAGACACUUGCUCCAAGUUUCUUCUACAUCUCCUGGCAGGACAAAUCAGUGCUAGAUUCCUGGCAAAUGAGACCAAGUCGGCAUGCAGCCUCGCAGAGAGACUGAGCGGGCAUGCGUUGGCGCUCUCCAACAUGUGCGGCCUCAUUCAUCGUCGCUCCUGGUCCAUCUCGGAGCUUGUAGAGAGAUCUACGAUCGAUCGAGAGACUUCAAAGAUGGCCUCGAAGUUGGUUGGCAGCUAUCUUUCGAAGGCCUUCGGCCCGAGUGACACGGCCUGGUAUCUUGACGUCGAUCGUGAAGGCGCCUCUCUACCUUUCGGGUACCCCAUGCUUACCGUGAGAAGCCCUAGGCUGAGCUCGAGCACGGGGGAGCUCUUGACGCUUGCCUUGAUCAAGAAAGGCAGAUAUGCCCGCGAGUUCUCCGUCCACAGCCUCAUCGUUUCCCAGUUUCACCGCUUCCUGAAGCCGGAGGAUCGCCAGAAGGCAUUCUUCGAAGCUUCUAUUUUAAUGUACAACGUCUUCCCCAAGAAACCCAAGCAAGCAGGCGCUACCCGGGCGAAUUUCUACAACGUCUGGGACAAGUGCCAGCUCCUGCUUCAGCAUCUGUUACAGCUCAGGACGAGCUUCGUCAAAGAGCGCAAGUGGAACUCUUCAUUCUCUGCUUGCAGAGAGACUUGCGAGCUAUGGGUUCAGUGUCAACGGUGA